UACCAAAUACUUUAUGAAAAGUAUUUUUAAAUUUGAAAAUUUGAGUGUUUAACAAAAAUAUUUGAAUGAAUUGCUUUCUAGAUUCUUUCAGAUUUAAUUCUAGGAAUAUAAUAAAUCUUUAUUUUGUUCAAUUUGCUGGAGUGACAAUUUUGGAAUAAAAAUGUUAGUAAUUAAUAAUUAUUCAUGAUUAUUAUUUGAAUCAGGAAUUAUGAGAAACAACCAGUUUUAAAUAUAUUCGAUUCAUUUUGUUCAUCACUAUUGUUAAAUUCAUUCAAUAUAACACUAUGGGAUAUUGAAUUCAACAAAUUUGGGACCUCCAUAAGUAUGCGCACCAAGAUGGCGCACAACCUGAAAUUAGUAUGUGUGUACCAGUUGGGAUUCAGGUUGUGUGACAUCUUGGUACGCAUACUUCUGGAGCUCCCAAAUUUUUGUGGACAUCUAUUGGCUUAAAUUUAUUUACAUAAAAUCAUGUGUUUAAUGUGAAUAUCGUUACCUUCUUAAUAAUUAAUAUCUCCCUUUGUUACUUCUAUGUUAUGUGCAAACUGUUAUUUGGUGCCCAAGUGCAUUUGUUAGGUUUCUGUCAUUUCUAACAAAUACUAAGAAUUUUUUAAUAAGAAAAAUGUCCUCCAUAUCACAUAUUUUUAAAUUCUAGAAAUCUGAUUCAGCGUUAAUUUAUAUUUCUUAGAAUACAGCUUCAGCGUAUUGCUGAAUUUUUUAAUUUGAUCUUUCGAGAUGCAGUGAAGCUUGACUAUUUCUGUCAUAAUAAUAAUAUUCUGUACAAUUGGAUUUGGAAUUUAAAAUUAGGAUUUUUCAAAAAAUAUCAUGAUGGUCUUUCUAUUCAAAGUGUUAAAUUCUUCAUUGUAUUUUCAGUUUAUUAAUAGUCAUUGAAAGAUAGUUAUUAGAAUGUCUGUAAAAAAAAUUUGCUGCAUUGGGGCUGGUUAUGUAGGUGGACCAACAUGCUCUGUGAUUGCUAAAGAAUGUCCCCAUAUUUGUGUGACAAUCGUGGAUAUAAAUGCAGAUCGUAUUGCUGCCUGGAAUUCAAAUGAAUUGCCGAUUUAUGAACCGGAACUGGAAGACAUUGUGAUGUCAUGCCGAGGAAAAAAUUUGUUUUUUUCAACAGAAGUAGAAAAGGAAAUUAUUGAAGCAGAUUUAAUUUUUAUUUCUGUGAAUACGCCGACAAAAACGUACGGUGUAGGAAAAGGAAGAGCAGCAGAUCUGAAAUAUGUAGAAGCGUGUGCAAGGACAAUUGCUGCAGUUUCAAAAAGCGAUAAAAUUGUCGUGGAAAAAAGCACAGUACCAGUCAAAGCAGCAGCAAGCAUCCAAAGGAUUCUCGGUGCCAAUAUGAAUUUAGAUAUUAAAUUUCAAGUUCUUUCAAAUCCUGAAUUUCUUGCAGAAGGGACUGCAAUUCAAAACUUGCUUCAUCCAGAUAGGGUUCUAAUAGGUGGAGAAGAAUCUAAAGCUGGGAAAAAGGCAAUUGAAACCUUAUCUGAGGUAUAUAGCAAUUGGGUGCCUAAAGAAAAGAUUAUAACAACAAAUACAUGGUCUUCGGAAUUAUCGAAAUUAGCUGCAAAUGCUUUUUUAGCUCAAAGAAUCAGCAGUAUCAAUGCCAUGAGUGCAGUUUGUGAAGCCACAGGGGCUGACGUGGAAGAAGUUGCGAAUGCCAUAGGAAUGGACACAAGAAUCGGCAAUAAGUUUUUGAAAGCUUCGGUCGGUUUUGGAGGAAGCUGUUUUCAGAAGGACGUGUUAAAUUUAGUAUAUUUGUGUGAAAGUUUGAAUUUACCGAAAGUAGCACAAUAUUGGCAACAAGUUAUUGAAAUCAAUAAUUAUCAACGCAAACGUUUUGCUAGUGGGAUCAUAAAUUGUCUUUUCAACACUGUAUCGGGAAAGAAAAUAACACUGUUCGGUUUCGCUUUCAAAAAGGACACUGGAGACACCAGAGAGUCAUCUGCAAUCUACAUUUCAAAAUACCUUCUUGACGAAGGUGCAAAGUUAGCAAUAUACGAUCCAAAAGUGUCGAAAAGACAAAUUAUAAGUGAUUUGAGCCACCCAACGAUUUCAACUCCAGAAAAGGUAGCUGAGCUUGUUACUUCAGUAACAGACCCGUACGAAGCAUGCAAGGAUUCCCAUGCAAUUGCAGUCUGUACUGAAUGGGACAUGUUCAAAGACCUUGAUUAUAAAAGAAUAUUCGAUUGCAUGUUGAAACCGGCAUUCAUUUUUGAUGGUCGUGGAAUUCUGCCUCAUGAAGAAUUGAAUAGCAUAGGAUUUCAUGUGGAGGCGAUUGGAAAGACUGUUUCAAAAGGAAGCGCCUUCAUGGUACAAAGCAAUGGAAACAAUAUAUUAUCGCCUACGUCAAGAGUCCUGCCAUAAUGAAUUCUAGUUAUUUGCUGCUGUAUUAUGUACAAUGCCGUAUUCUUCAAUUAUGUAGUGAUUGGUAUUUAUCUACCGUAUCCUGUUAUAUCCUGUUACUAGUAUUUAUUAUAUAGGGCAGAUGUUUAUUACCACUGUUUAAAAUUCAGUGGCCCAUCAACUUUCUCAUGCAAGGGAAACCCGAAGAAGAAACAGAAAUUCUUUUCGCAAAAAUAGACACUUCAAUUCUUUUCUCAAAAUAAAAAAGACGACCCAGUUUCCAAAAACAGCAUCAUCAUUCAUUGAUACAUCAAUCAAAUUAUACCUAUUUAUCAAUAACUCCUGCAAUUUUCAAUGUGUUUAUGACUCACCUGAAAAUGUGUCUGUGCCCCAGCAGUGGGCCAUGCAUGACCCACUGGUUGAGAACUGGUGCUCUAGUCAUUUACUUGACCCAAGUUGGAUGAGUUUCUGAAUCACUAUUCAUGAAAUGACUUGGACUAGAACUCAACUGGCCACCCCUGAGACUCAGUGAUUGAUUCUACUCGACUCUGGUUUGAUGGACCUCCACUCAACACUUCUGUCCAUGCCACUAGUGGCGACAUGUGCAAACUACGGCCUGGAUAAUUCAAUCUGGCCUGCCUGAUGCUGCCACAACAAAACUGGAACCAAAUUUUGAUGUUUUAGCUAAAAAAUAGCUCAAGGAAUUUGU